AGGAAUUCUCGUUUCACAAUAACAGUAAAUACUUCUCGAGAUAUAGUCCACAAUCAUGGAAUCCUCUUCGGGACCAAAAGUCCUUGUCACAGGAUUUGGUGCAUUCCAGGACAUCAAAAACAAUCCAUCCUGGGAAAUCGUCUCUCGUCUCCCUGACAUGAUCAAUGGUGUUCGUAUCAUCAAGGACUCCGAACCUCUAAAAGCUGUAUAUCAGUCUCUUCUCGAAGUCCCGAAGCUCCUAGAGAAGCACAACCCCGAUGUCGUGAUCCACGUGGGACUCGCGUUCGACAGGAACUAUUUCGCGAUCGAGAAAGGGGCAGACAGAGAUGGGUAUCACCAAGUCCCCGAUGAAGCAAGGAAGGUUGUCACGAGAGCCGAAACGAAAGCGAGGUGGGGCAUGAGUCCUGCAAGGUUGGACACAACGUUCAAUAUUGAGGAUGUGCUGGCGAAGUGGAAGGCGAAUGCUGUGGCUGGGAGCGGUAAGGGAAAGGCGAAAGGGAAGGAGUUCGACUUGAGGACAUCGGAUGAUGUUGGGUGUUAUGUUUGUGGGUUUGUGUAUUACGCGAGCUUGGAGAGGGUUCUGUUUCUGCAUAUUCCCGAUCUCCAAGGCGAGGCCGAGAUACAGAGAGGUCGAGAUAUUUGCGUCGCUUUGGUCAAAGCUGUG